UAACGAUGGCGGUUUCCGACAGGUCUACGAAAGAGCGUCUUUUAUCUGUUUUGGACGACCUGGAGGUGUUAUCUAGGGAACUGAUUGAGAUGCUUGCUUUGUCGAGGACGCAAAAACUUCCUCAGCCGGGUGAAGAUACUCAGAUUGUGGAGCUGCUGGUGCAGAGGGAUGCGGAGUUCCAGGAGCUGAUGAAGGUGGCUCUGGAGCAGGGGAAGGUCCACCAGGAAAUGCAGCUCCUGGAGAAGGAGGUGGAGAAGAGGGACAGUGACAUCCAGCAGCUGCAGAAACAGUUGAAAGAAGCUGAACACAUUCUGGCGACUGCUGUGUAUCAAGCAAAGGAGAAACUGAAAUCAAUUGAAAAAGCUCGAAAAGGGAGCAUUUCCUCUGAAGAGAUCAUCAAAUAUGCUCACAGAAUCAGUGCAAGCAAUGCUGUGUGUGCCCCUCUCAACUGGGUACCAGGUGACCCACGGAGACCCUAUCCCACCGACUUGGAGAUGCGCAGUGGAAUGCUGGGUCACAUGAGUAACCUGCCAACCAAUGGGGUGAAUGGACAUCUUCCAGGCGAUGCCCUGGCUGCUGGCAGAUUGCCAGAUGUUCUAACACCGCAGUAUCCGUGGCAGUCCAGCGAUGUGUCUGUGGGCAUGCUUCCCCCCCACCACAGCAACGACUUCUCACUAGAGCCCCCGGGGCACAACAAGGAGAACGAGGACGACGUGGAGGCCAUGUCCACCGACUCAUCCAGCAGCAGCAGCGACUCAGACUGAGACGCACUAGGACACGCAAACACGGCACACACCUGAGUGUGUGACUGCAGGUCUGACUACAUGGCGACCCCAGGCACCAAUCCAGGAUCGGUCAACCCAGCUCGUCGUUAAUUCAAGACAGUUUGUACUAGGCCUAAAUUGCUGAAACUGAUACAGAGUCAGCCUUGGGGGUGCUCUAUGUACACCACGAAUGCCGCUGCCCCAAGAUGCUUUCUUUUGUAAGCUGUACUUUCCGGUGGAGCUCACCGCUUGCCAUCAGUGGCUACAAUUUUGACUCAGAGAUUCUCUCCUCACCGCUGUGUAUGUAGCCUCUGUUUCUUUAUCUGUAGUUGCCGGUCAAAAGAUUCGAUGCAGCAUACGUGGAACAUUUGUUUUUCAUGUAGCCAUCACAUUUGUUGAAAGCCAGUUGCUGCGCAUAUCAAAUGGAACAAAUAGUAAAUUUAAAAUUUUACCCAUAUUCCAUCUUAAAGACCUAUGGACUCCACCCCCUUAUAAAAGAAUUGUCUGUCAAAUAACACUAGCUACACUAACAAUAGAUAAAUAUUAAAUGCUGAAACACUGAAAACUGGAAGGGUUAUCACAAUUGACAGACAUUUAUUUUAAGCAAGAACUCUUCAGAGUACAAAUCUAAAUAAAUAAAAUCUUAAGUAAUUUACUUGUCACGGGAUCUCCUCAAGCAAAAUGACCAACUAAAGUACUGCAUUGAAAAUAAUAAAUGAAACCAAAGUCCCACAGUGCAGAUAGCUUUGAGGUUCAUUUAUUAUUUCAUUUAUUAUUUCAAAGGUUUGUGUCUGUCACUCCCUCCCCUGCAUUCGUGUUUGUCUCAAGUCGUUGCUGUGAGAACUUCCAGCACCAGAAUGCUCCCUUAUAUCCACCUUAACUAACAAAUAUUUAGAGACCUUGCAUUUUGACAUAAUAGUCAGUGUUUAAGGUCAGUGUUUAAAGAUGCAAUCUUUUUUUCAUAAUGUACAAAUUCAUCAGAAAUAACUCUUACACUGCUUUCAGUGAAACUCUGUCCCAGUACUGUGAACAAAAAACAGAGGUACAAAUCCACUGGAGUCUGGCUUUAAGAUUGGAAUUCACUCUAAAUUGUGCUAUGCUUCAUAACACAGAUAAAGCUGCAGGGGAAUUGUCAUGCUUAAAACUGCACAGGUGCACACUGCUGUUGCCCUUGUGGUAAAAGCUCACUGAUGUAUUCAUCUGUAAAAGAGGAAAAAGGUCUUCUGUGUGGAUAUGGAAUCAGUGUUCUAGAGGCUUUGCUAAGGACAGGAAAAUUGAUACUGCAAGCUGAAAAUAGAAUCAGAGGUGUGAUAUGGAGGUUCAGUCAUGUUUUUCUCCUGAGUGCAUUUUUUUCCAGCCUGGUUCUGUUUCAGUCACAGUACAAAACAACGCUCCAGUUGUGAGACAAACAAAAUAUGUUUUUCGUUUAGUAAUUUAGCAGACGCCCGUAUUCAGAGUGAGAAAACACAAGUACCUCUAAUAAUUGUGCUGGGAUUAAGGGCACUAACAUGAGUUGACAAGUUGUUCAUAAAAACA